AGAUGCUUUCUCGACGGUGCGACUUGCGGAAUAAGACUAUCAUCCCUCAGCUUUUGAACCAACACGGAGCUGUCCUCGGUUUGUCCGGUGACGCGGUGAUCGACCUAUCGACUGCUGAGAACUGUCUCCUGCAAAAAGAAAUAGUACACGAAAUCCAGGAAAAGUCCGAAGGGCCCUUCAGCGGCAUUAUUGCGUCGGAUCUCUGCUACUCCGAGGGCAUCGGUGGAAGUCCGAUAGCUAGAGAGCGCAUUGCCACUUUGGUCAAUAGAAAUUUCGGCCCCAAGACUGCGGUUCAUCCCUCUCAUGUCGUGCUUGCCGCCGGCGGGAGCUAUGCGCUAGAGGCUUUGGUGGAGCAGAUAUGCGAUCCCGGCGACGCCGUCCUCAUCGCUGCGCCCUACUGGGCGGGCCUAGACCUCUCACUUAGUAUCCACAACAACGCGAAGGUCAUCCCAGUACAUGUUCCCCUCGAAGAGUUCUUUACCACGGACAGUUUGAAGUACUACGAAGCCGCAUUGGAAGACACUACAGUCUUUGUCAGGGCAGUGUUGAUCUGCAACCCAAACAAUCCACUGGGGAAGUGCUAUCCGAGAGACACCCUCCAAGCGACCCUGGAUUUUUGCCGUCAAAAGAAUCUUCACUAUAUCUCCGAUGAGGUAUACGCCUUGUCCUUGCAUACAGGUUCCGAGAACCAGACGCAAUCGCCAGGGUUCAUCUCCGCCUUAUCGCUGGAGAACAGUGACAAAUUGGUGCACAUCAUCUACAGUCUCAGCAAGGACUUUGGGUGCAGCGGCAUUCGGCUGGGUGCCUUAAUCUCCCAAAGCAACGAUGAAGUCCGCAUAAGCGCCGCAUUAAGUGCCCACCAACAGACGUCGUCGGUAGCUACCCUGUUUGCGGUCCAACAUUUACUCACCGAAAAGGCCGUAAAUUUGGUCAAGAGUGAGAGUGGGGCUAAGCUCAAGUCAGCUUAUGAAACAAUCAGGAGAUUCAUGGUGGAGAGAAACGUGGAAUUUGUCGAGGCAGACUCCGGAAUAUUCAUCUUUGCAAAAUUGUGUCCGGCGAACGAUCUCGAUGGUGAGAAGAAGUUCGGAGUGCAGCUGAAUCGACACGGCCUUGUGUUGUCGUCAGGAACAAGCUACCACUUCGACCAGCCGGGCUGGUAUCGCAUCUGCUAUGGUGUGCCCCCACCGAAACUUGCCGAAGGCUUGAAGCGGAUUGAUAGAGCCUUGAAUAGUUUCCAUGAGCUAAUGACUGAGAAAAAGCAGAAGAGAAAGAGCAUAGAUGAUACCGCGCUUGGAGAUGUUCGCGAAAAACGGUUCAAAGUUUAGCAUAAUAUAGAUACCCGUCUCAUUAUAUCCUUUCCUGGGAAUACUGAAAUGUGCCAAAUGAGUUGAUGUGAAUAAGAUAACCCAUUUGAGAAAACGCUGAAACUCCGCCAUGUACCCCAAGAUUCACAUAUGAUAAUUCUGUAGCAAGGAAAGGAUACUCAAAUCUGUCUCGAGGUCUCCAUCACCAGAUGGGACACCCUUAUCUAGUUCAGUAGACGACACGUCGCUGCAUCCAACGAAUCCAAUGGUGUCCCAUCUUUCAAGAAGCGGGAAAUAGCCGGCAUG